CAUGCGUUUCAUCGUUAGUGUCGCAUCGUAUUUGCUGUAAAUUUUCGAAGAACUCAUUCAGAAACAAUGAUAUCAAAACUACUCACGCUAACAGCAUUGCUCGUGUUCACUCACGUCCGCGCAACCUUCGUCGUCUAUCCUCCAAAAUACGAACUGAGCGAUGCUCAGACCGAAGAGUUGAUGGCCUGUUUGACGCCAACCGAAAACGUGGGAGACCAGCAGAGUAAGUACGAUCCCAUCUGCGGUACCGACGGGUUCAGUUACUACAACAAGUACCAGAUGAAAUGCAUGGCCAAGGCAAUUCCGUCGGUGGAUUUCGCAUUCUAUGGACGCUGUCCCAACGAGCCGAUGUUUUUGCCACUGGAAUCGGCUCGCGGAACGGAACUCCUGGGCAACCAGGCCGAGUUUGACAAGUUCCAGCGAUGCCUGGAGAGCUGCAAUGCUUUUAGCCCGGUUUGUGGCAACGACCAGAAGACCUACAGCAGUCCUUGUGCCCUACAGUGUGCGAAAGCUCAUCGUCCGAAGCUGGAUGUCAAGGCUAGUGGAUUCUGCAAAGAGGACCAGACCGUGGACGACAAGUGUCCAGAGAUUCUGCAGCCGUUCUGCGGGUCCGAUGGGAUCACCUAUUUGAACUACUGUCAGUUCAAAUUUGCCCAGUUGGGCGAGAAAGAUUUACUGCCGGCUCACAUGGGCGAUUGUGUGCGACGGCUGAUAGCGGUGAAAGGGGCGCUGCAAAAGAAGAGCGGAGGCUGUGGAUGUGGUGGGGGAGGGGGAUGCGGAGGUUGCGGAAAGUGAGAACCAAUAAAAAUGUAAGUUUUUAAGAGGUUAUAAAUAGAGGUGUGUUACGAUGUUUAUUUUGAUACAUAUGCGUCUACGCAUAACUAUUUAGCAAAAAGCAAUUCUUGGUUUCUUGUAAAUUCCAUUUUUAUCACAAAUUCAACAAUAAAACAAAAUUCAAUGCUGAAAAUUAA